ACAGCAGCUCAAAUACAGAACAUAAUCACAGUCCACACAGCGUGACAGACAGAGACGCUGCACUGGACUGCGGACACAUCCGUGUAAUCAGGCCAUGGUUCUUUAUGGUGUGUCAGAAGCGUAACUCAACCUGCCUUCAUAACUGGGGGUGGUCGCAGCUACGGUCUCUUAAAUUCCAAAGACAAAUGUAUUUGCAGAUCUGAUUACUUCACGUGGCUUUUUAAAAUUGUUUUAAGCCACAUAUCUCUUAGUGUGGAGUUUAACCAUCUGUCGGCCUAUAUUGUUAACCAAGGAGGGGGGGUACCGGCGAACCGAUUGGCAGUUAAAUAGCCUCUAACCGCUUCCAUCUUUUCAGGUGCGAACAGAACGUGCGGGGUCGUAAAAACCUGGAAAUACAGUUUAUUUCUGUAGCCUAAAUUAACCAAUCCCUCCGCAAAACGUUCCGCAGCCGGUGGAAUACUGACCACAGACCGGGAGCAGGCAGCCCUUAGUACAGGCUGUCUAACUCGCUUAUAUUGUGAAUUAUAACAUUAGUUAUAUAUGAGUCCAUUCGUACACGUGACCAUCCAAAAUGUUAGUAUCUAAUGGUAAAUGUCUUUGUAGUCUUAGUUAAACUUGCUUGGAAUUUCAGUUGGGACAGUAUUGAUAUUAUGGUUUAGUUCCGUGUUUUAAUCUACAAAUAAAAAGUAUUUCGGGGUAUGGUACGUCAGCUGGGCUACGCCGAAGAACAUGCGGCUAGUUAGGACAGAGGUGGGAGCGGUGCGCUGGGCUGCUCUUCCUCCUCCUUUUCUUUAGUGGUGUCUUGCAGGUCCCCGGCCUGCAUAAAGCGCAUGAUUCAUGCGGGUGGUGGUUGGUUUUAGGAAAGACAGGCAACUGAUCGGCGGAGCGCAGAGCCGGCAGCGCGGCGGAGCAGCGCCCCCUCCCCCGAUCGGCGUCCGCCCAGGAGGAAACCAGGCAGGAAAGCUUCAGCUACAGCCUGGUCACUUUUCUUUAGUUUGCCGAUUGGAACGCAAAGGUUUUACUCUCAAUAUUAAAGGCAAUCUGGUCCGCUGCAGGAAGACGCGGUUAAAGUUUGCGGAUCGGCUCCUCUUCUCUUCUCACAGAGGGAACCCUGCAAGCCCGCAGGUCUAAAGAUGGCCUCUGUGAACGAGUCACGCCAGUAUCGGGAGUCUCAGACAGAUGCGGCGGACCAGAAUUUCGACUACAUGUUCAAGCUGCUCAUCAUCGGGAACAGCAGCGUGGGAAAGACCAGCUUCCUGUUCCGCUACACCGACGACUCCUUCACCUCGGCCUUCGUCAGCACCGUGGGCAUCGACUUCAAGGUCAAGACCGUCUUCCGCGACGACAAGCGGGUCAAGCUGCAGAUCUGGGACACAGCGGGUCAGGAGCGCUACAGGACCAUAACCACGGCUUACUACCGGGGGGCCAUGGGAUUUCUGCUAAUGUAUGACAUCACCAGCCAGGAAUCAUUCAGUGCAGUGCGGGACUGGGCGACGCAGAUAAAGACGUAUUCGUGGGACAACGCGCAGGUCAUCCUGGUGGGGAAUAAGUGUGACCUGGAGGACGAAAGACUGAUCCCGACGGAGGAGAGUCAGAGGCUCGCUAACGAGAUGGGGUUCCAGUUCUUUGAAGCCAGCGCCAAGGACAACAUCAAUGUGACGCAGACGUUUGAGCGACUUGUAGACAUCAUCUGUGACAAGAUGAACGAGAACCUAGAAGGGGUGGAGAGUCUGUCUUCCGGAAACCGGGCAACCGACAUGAAAGACUCACCCCUGCAAAGCCAGAGUAGCUGUUCCUGCUGACCGUCCAACUGGCUCAUGACCAACACUGUAUCCACGGUUACCAAAUCCCCCCCCCCCCCCACCCCAUGAGGGUGGAAGCUUGCACCUGUCUAAGCAUCUCACUCGAUAGAGCAUCACCACGUGUCACCCCCCCUCCCCCACAAUAGGGACCAACCCUCUCAGAUUCCCUGUGUUAAAAAGCGAAUUUGAGAUCCAUCUCUCCUAAAAUCGCUUCCAAUUAUAUUCAAAUAUAAUCUGCUUGGUUGCUAGAGAACCACCAGUUUGGACACAAACCUGAAAUAUUUUGUUACUUUUUGUCAUGUAUUUAUAUGUUGUACUUUAUAAACCUUAUUAGUAGUAAAAAAAUUCUACUUAUAAUGUGCUGAAGAUCUUACACAAACACUAAUGUGUUUUUUUAAUCAUGAGUUCCUGUCUUCACACGUGUUUUAUGUCUGAAUGAUUCACUGUUGACUCUGCUAGUGUAUAGGGUAAGUCCGGUUUCCAGAGAGAGUUUGUUUCACUGCCGGGACCAGUUGGGAAGGAUUAUUCAGAAUCUCACCAGUCUAGGCUCCCUUCACCCUAAGAACCUUUGUCCUGCUGUCAUGUUUGUGGGCUCUUGCGUAAAUCUGUCAUUCUCCUGUGUGUGUGAGUGCGGGGCACAGGGAUUGCGUCUCAGAUGCUGUCUGGCAUUUUGGCCUGGUGCUUGUGAGUAAGGCGGUAUUGGCCGGGCUGAUCUGCCCUUUAAGGUUUGCACCCCGUCUGAGUCCAGUGUGUUAUGGAACCACGCAUGGAAAUUACAAUCCCAUGAGUCUCAGGUCUGUGUGGGGACUUGAAGAACCUCGGUUCUACCUUCCCUUGAAUUGCUGGGAAUGUGAGGUAACCGUUACCUUUCCAAAGUGUCCCCAGAAAUAGUGUGUGAACUACAGAUGUGAGGCUCUGCGAUGUAGAUCUUUGUAAAGGAUGUACGGUCCCCUCUGCUUAUGUCUUCAUUCUGUAGAGCAGAUUUUAUAAUUCCUACUGCGGUGGAAUGAGCCUUUCCAGACAGGCGGACUGCAGGUAUGUUUCUAGUGCCUACACUUAAUGGUGAUUUACUUUAACGAGAUCUAAUGGAAAUGCGUGCGUCCAGACAGUCUGAUGAAAGUAAAUUUCUCUAUUUUCACCGCAGUAAUUACAAAAUAAUCAGAUUCUUACUAAUGCAGCUCUGGAUGUAACAAAGCAUGCUGGGUAGUAAAUUUUCAUUUUGUUGUUGAAGUUCAAAGCCUGCGGUUGAAGUACCACUGUGGAGAGUAACAGCGUGUCUGUGUCUGUGUCUUUGACUAAUACAAGCUGCCACUGGCUCUGCUCCAGAUUUCAAGCUGGCUCUUGUUCACUAGGGCAUCUUCGUACCCUCGUUAAGAGAGAGACGUUACGCUAACAGACUUUCUGUCCGGAGCAUCUUCACAAUACAAACCAAGUUAGCGCCGCUCUACCUCUCUGUCCGCCCGCGGAACUGGAAAUGGCUCUUAGUUGUGAUUCUGUGGUUGUUCCAUUUCAUGUAUUGGUCUCUGAGGUUUGAACCACCGCAGCAUACAAGUCUAUUGUUCACCAGGCAGAUACCUACUGUAAUGCUGACAUCAAACCGAGUGAGUAUUCUGCUCGGAGCAAAGCAAUCAGGGCAAGUGGCAGACGCUCUGUUGGCCUAAAUGGCUGUCAGUUAUGGUUUGGUUUCCUGAAUCCUGGUUCUUAUAUGUAGCUCUUUAAUUGUACACAUGUAUCAGUAGUGGAAUAUUUCAAUAGUAAUGUAACAAAGUAUCUCAUUGUGCUAAUCACUGCUAUUGAUUUCUGAAUGCUGCUUUGAAUCACCGUGACCCUGAUUAUUUUACAGGAUGCAUUUUGUUCUGAUAUAACUAAUUUAGACGUAACACUGACUGUGAACGGCAAGGCAGCAGACACUCAGCAAACCACAUCCAUGAAUAUCCAUGGCUGUCUAGCUGUAGUAGCCGGUCACUCUUAGCUUACUGUUGGAUUCUCACCAAUGCCAAAAAGGCUGCAUUUUUGUGGCCUGUAACUUGUUUUUAAUAUAUCAGCAUAUGUUCACGAAAUAUGAUGUAUACAUUUUAAAUUUGACUUUGAUAAAAAAAAAAUACCUUCAUUUAUGCA